AUGUCAUUAUCCGAAGAGCCAAAAAUUAUCUAUAAUGGUAAAAAUUACCCCAAUCAACACAAUUCCUCAAAAGUAAUACAAAAAACAAAUCAUAGCAAAAGCAUUGUUUUGUGUUUUGAUGGCACAGAAAAUGAAUUUGGUCCAAAGCCAUUUACAAAUGUCUUGAAGUUGUUUCAAAUGUUGGAGAGAAACAACUCAAGUCAAAUUUGCUACUACCAACCUGGUAUUGGGUCUACAUUUAAUGCUGAUAUUAAUAAUGUUUUCGAAAAGAAUUUUACCAGUACUGUUUUGUCUAAAAUAACUAACAGGGCAGAUUCACUUGUUGCAUUUACCCUUGAAAAACAUGUAAUGGCAGCAUACGGUUUUCUUACCAGUGUUUACAAAACAAACGAUAAAAUUUAUUUAUUUGGGUUCAGCCGUGGAAGUUUUACGGCCAGAAUUAUUGCUGGAAUGAUUGAGUUGGUUGGUUUGGUGAAUUACGGACUAGAAGACAUGACCCCACUUGCUUGGAGAAUAUAUACAAGUUGGGAAUAUGCUGGACAACCAGUUCAAUUAGAAAACAAAACGCUGACAAUGGCCAAAGAGUUUAAGAAAUCUUUUUCUCGUGGAGAUGUCAAGGUGCAUUUUAUGGGGUUGUGGGACUCGAUAAACUCAGUUGGGAUUCUAUGGGAUCGAAUGUUUCCAUACACCAUUAAAACCACAAAUGUUGAUCAUAUCAGACAUGCUGUUAGUAUUGAUGAAAGAAGAUCCAAGUACAAACAGCAGCUUUUCUCCCCAAUAGAGUCAAGUGACACGGGAAGUAAAGGUAGCAGUACAUAUAGUUCCCCAAUCAGCUACGGGAUGUUCGCAUCAGUCAGAUCGUUGAUCGAUCUACUCAAACGUUUUGUGGAAAGAUUCAACAGACAAAGACUGCGGUCAUUGCCUAUUGUUAACGAUUUGAUCGAAGUAUAUUUUCCAGGAAACCAUGGUGAUGUUGGCGGUGGGUGGGAGGCAUCACAAAAUGGUCAAGUAUUAUCAAGUGUUUCUCUUAGAUGGAUGCUUGGACAUGCAAUUAAGCAUGGGGUAAAGUUCCAACGACAAUCAAUUUCGCAAUGGUCUUCAAAUAACUCUCCAACAUCUAGUUUUUUAUCUUCUAAUCAUGAUAUUUUGGCACUUUCAAGCAAAUCUCCUGAUAGUAGGUUUGGAAUUAUUCUUCCAGAGUCCCCCAUAAAACUAUCUGUGGGAAGAGGAGAAGAACCUCUUUUGUAUGUUGUUCUUUGGUGGAUUUUAGAGUUUAUCCCCUUUCUAAGAAUCAAAGAGAACCAAGAAGAAGGGUAUUGGAAACGAGCUUUCGUUCCCAACUUAGGAAAGCACAGAGAGAUUCCAAGCACUGCCUUGCUUCAUUGGAGCGUAUUUUAUAGACUUCAUUAUGCUGCGGAUUACAACCCGAAAAAUUUGCAUAACCUAUCAUUAGGCGAAAAGUUUAUAGAGCUGUUGAUGCAAUUCAAGAUCUUUAAAUUUAGUGAAAUCUACUCCUAUUCAGAAAACCUAACAGUUAAAAAGAUCAAAAAUAACUGGACGCCAGGAUUUUGGAAAAAAGUCCCCGAUGAAUUAAGUGAAUAUCUCGAGAAAGACCCCAGCUUGUAA